ACCUGGUCUUCUUCAUGGUCGACCAGAUUUGAGGUCGACCUGUGAUAUUAUGCGUUUGCUUCAGUCAUUCUCGUGUUUUAUGAUUUGAGGUCGACCUAUGAUGUUUUGCACUCCAAAUCUUACACGUUUGCUUCGAUCCAUACUCGUUUUAAUGUUUUGAGGUCGACCUAUGAUGUUUUGCACUCCAAAUAUUACGGUUUGCUUCGACCAUUCUCGUGUUUUAUGAAUUGAGGUCGACCUCAGAUGUCUCUGAGGUCGAAAGUUUUUGAUCAGCUGAGGUCGACCUACGAUGUUUCUAAGGUCGACCUAUGACGUUUUGCACUCCAAAUGUUACGCGUUUGCUUCGACCAUUCUCUUUUUUAAUGAAUCGAGGUCGACCUGUGAUGUUCUUGAGGUCGACCUAUGAUGUUUUGCACUCCAAAUAUUACGGUUUGCUUCGACCAUUAUCAUUUUUUGUGAACUGAGGUCGACCUCAAAUGUCUCUGAGGUCGACCUAAUCUAGUUUUUGAUCAGCUGAGGUCGACCUAUGAUGUUUCUAAGGUCGACCUAUGACAUUUUGCACACCAAAUGUUACGCGUUUGCUUCGACCAUUCUCGUUUUUAAUGAACUGAGGUCGACCUGUGAUGUUCUUGAGGUCGACCUAUGAAGUUUUGCACUCCAAAUAUUACUGUUUACUUUGACCAUUAUCGUUUUUUAUGAAUUGAGGUCGACCUCAGAUGUCUCUAAGGUCGACCUAUUCUAGUUUUUGAUCAGUUGAGGUCGACCUAUGAUGUUUCUAAGGUCGACCUAUGACGUUUUGCACUCCAAAUAUUACGCGUUUGCUUCGAUCCAUUUCGUUUUUAAUGAAUUGAGGUCGACCUGUGAUGUUUUUCACUUCAAACAUUACGGUUUGCUUCGAUCCAUUCUCGUUUUUUAUGAACUGAGGUCGACCUGUGUUGUUUCUGAGGUCGAAACGUUUUUGACGAGUCUUGGCCUUCUUCUUCGGUCAAGUUUGUACAUGAUUAACCGAGGUCGACUUAUGAUGUUUUGCACUCCAAUUUUGCGUAUCUUCGACCCAUAUUUUUCCCUGAUUAACUGAGUUCGACCUAUGGUGUUUAUUAGGUCGACCUAUGAUGCUUUUGAGGUCGACCUAUUUAAAUUUUUGUAUCGUAGAUUUACGUAAAUGUUUGGGGUUAUUGAUUCUGCUUGCAAACAGAGGUCGACAGAUGAUGUGUAGAGGUCGACCUAUCAUUGUUCUGUUUUGUCUAUGCAUGUAGUGUAUAGGUCGACCCGUUCCUUUCGAAAAUAUGCUUAACGUGAAUUGUCACUUGUUUGAUUUCAGGAUGUUUCGAGGGAAAAAGAAAAGAAAGUCUGACAAAGGGGCUGCCUCAAAUUUUGAUUGGGAUGACUUCAACCCCACUCUAUUCCAGACCAAGGAGCAAAGUGACAAAUAUGAAGAGAGGAGAAUGCACAACCGCAAGGUGGCUCCUGGAAGGCCAUUGACGACAGAUGCGUAUUCUCAUUUCGAGAAUUACGGGUUUCUAGCACCCUUUGUCGAACAAGAGUGACUGAAGGUGAUAUCUCUGAAUGCACCAUACUACCCAAAAAUGUUACAGUACUUCUACAACAACAUCACCUAUCAGCAUAAUACAAAUGGAUCCAUUCAUGCAUUUAAAAUCUAUGUGAAUGGGGUGGAGAUUCGCAUCAGCAAGAAUGUGUUGACACAAGUACUAGAGACUGCAAACAAGGGGAAGAGAAUCAAUUCUUACACUGCUUGGAAUGAUACUCAUUUCUUGAAAACCAAGCAAAUCCAGACGGUAUGUGGUCUUGAUGAAGAGGAAGAUGCUCAGGAUCGCAGUAGGCCAGCCAACGAGUAACCACCUGACAUUUCAAGCCAGAGUUCUUCACCAUAUGCUUUCCUACAACAUUCUGCCAAAGAGUGGACAUCGGGAGACAGUCACCUACUUCGACAUGGAGCUCCUCACCAACCUACUGUUAGAUGAGAAGGUGAACUUGCCAUACUUGAUUUUUAACCACAUGCUUACCCACAUGCUUACUACUGCAGAGAGUUCAAACAGGAAUCUUCCCUAUGGGAUGAUCCUGAUUUUGCUAUUUGAGCAUUUUAAUGUGAAUUUAAAUGGUGAGGUUUGCUUAAGAAUCUCAAGGCAGGAGUUCUAUACAGUUUCAUCUCUGAAAAAGAUGGGCUUUGAGCUCCGUAAUGGUAUGUCCGAAUAAACAAUGUUCAUGGUGUCCAUGGUGGUGAUGAUGAUGAUGAUGAUGGUGGUGAUUCUGAUGAAGGAGCCUGAGACGAGCCAAUGCCGCAGGCACAAAGUUCAACUCCAACGGUCACCUUAGAGCGUGUGUGGGAGUGCAUGGAUGACAUGUACGAAUACAUGGGCCAGAUGUCCACCCAGAUGACUGGAAUGUACGACUACAUGGGGCAAAUGACCACCCAGAUGAGCACACUGCAGGUGACCGUGAAUGAGAUGCGAGAUGAGUUUCAAUCUUUCAAUGGAGGAUACAUUCAUCCCACCACAUCCGACUACCAUAAUGCUAGCAAUAACAAUGAAGAAAAUGUGAAUGAGGGAGAGAGGGACAGGAGUAGGAACUCGAUGAUUUUAGAUUGUGUGUUUUUAUUGUUAAGUGUUAAAAACGAUUGUUGAUUGUUAUUCUCUGGUUUUAGAUUUUAGUUAUGUGUGAACAAUUCUGAUUUUUGUUUUUAUUGUAUUUAUUGUUAGUUUGUUUAGUUGUUAUGUUAUGAAGUUAUGAGUCCUUGUUAUCAUUGUUUAGUUGUUAUGUUGGUUUGAAACAUAAUUUGUACGAGCAAAAGAACCACGCAAAUCAACAUACAUAAGCAAAAAAGAUGCAGGGCAUAGGUUGAUUUACCUAUAUUUGGUCGACCUAGUACCAGAUUGUGUAGACCGCGAAACCAACACGAUCUUCAUUUUACGUCAAAUACUAUGGAUAAAUGGAUGCAACACUUCUCUUCAAUCUGGUCGACCUCUUGCUGUAAAUGGUCGACCAUUUUGUUAAUGACCGCCAUCAAGUGGUCGACCUAUAUACCUUUACGGUUGACCAUGUUGCUUCUGACGCCAACGAAAAGGGCGACCGAGAUUUUAUUGUGGUCGACCAAAAAUAACAACUUAAACUACAAACGGUCGACCAUAUGAUCUUUGAGGUCGACCGCGAUGAGUCCUCAGGGUGCCUAAAUUAGUCAAUUCGAUCGACCGCUGUUACGAUUAGGUCGACCGAAAUGUCCAUGUUAUGGUGACAUGCAUGUCACCAUAGGCACACCCUAACAUGAAAGCUGCUCCAACACAAGACAAUUAUAGAAUUACAAACAUAAAUAAAAGUAUACCUGUCUCAUACCAAUCAUUUUGCGGGUUUUACCCAUACUCAGUCAAUGCGUGGAUUCCCCCCAUUGACUGGAUCGUGGCCGGUGGGGUACCCGCGACCAUGGGUUUGGUUUCCAUCCCUAGUGGUAAUCUCUUAAACCCCCAACGAUUUCGUUGCUAGAUUACUUGAGUGCGCAACAACUUUUUUAAAUAAUUUUUAUGGCAACGAUCUUAAUAAAUUCUCAACGGAUCG